UCUGACCUCAAACCUAGUCAAAUCUCAAGGAGCACAACUUAUCUGCUCAGACUAUUCGGCUCUUGGGAACAGCUGAAAUGUGGAUUCUGCUCAGUGUCUUCCUCAUCGGGUGGGGAUCCUGUGCUCACGGGCAAGAAAAUGAAUGCACUUUCCCGAAUUUAGACGAAAACAUAUUGGCUACUCCCUCAAAAGAAAAAUAUAGAAUUGGAGAUGUGUUGAAAUUCUCUUGUAGAAAUAAAUUUGAGAGAGUUGGACCAGAUUCAAUUCAGUGCUAUCACUUUGGAUGGUCUCCUAAUCCUCCAACAUGUAGAGAUCAUGUUAAACGUUGUGGUUCCCCGCCUGCACUUUUGAAUGGAAGAUUGACAGAAGGGAAGAGAAGAGCCUAUGAACACAGUGCCGUGGUGGAAUAUGUUUGUGAUUCUCGGUUUCUGAUGAAAGGUUCUAGGAAGAUUCAGUGUGUUGAUGGAAAUUGGACACCUCUGCCUAUAUGCAUUGCGGAGCAGAGUACAUGCCGAGAUAAGCCUGAACUUGAGAAUGGCUUUGCUGUUUCCUCUGCUCCUCUAUAUUAUCAUGGAGAGUCAAUCGAGUUCAAAUGCACAGAUGGAUUCACAAUGAUUGGAGAGAAAUCAGUUACAUGUUUCCGUGGAAGAUGGACCCAACUUCCUAAGUGCAUCGGUAAAACAAUACAGGUCUGCCCACCUCCACCUCAGAUUCCCAAUAGUCAAAUUAUGACGACCACAGUCAAUUACCGGGAUGGAGAAAGAAUAUCAAUUCUCUGCCAAGAAAAUUAUGUAAUGCAGGAAUCAGAAGAAAUGGAGUGCAAAAAUGGAACCUGGCAGUCAAUACCACGCUGUGUAGGAAAGUGUGGUCCCCCUCCACGUAUAGCAAAUGGAGAUACUAUUUCACAGCAAGAUAAGGAAUAUGCUCCAGAAUCAAGAGUUGAGUACCAGUGCCAAUCCCUUUAUAGACUCGAAGGAAACAGGACUAUAGUAUGCCGCAAUGGGCAGUGGUCAGAACCACCCAAAUGCAUAGAUCCCUGUGUAAUAUCAGAAGACAUCUUGAAUAAACAUAAUAUAGCGUUCCGAUGGGUGGAUAAAAAGAAACUUUAUCUUGAGUCAGGGGACAAGGUUGAAUUUUAUUGUAAAUGGGGAUAUCGUAGAUUGUCACCACCUGAAUCAUUUCGAACAACCUGUCGAGAUGGAAAAAUAGCAUAUCCCACUUGUGGGUAAAUUAAUAUUUCUAGUGCAAUCGGAAACUUAAAAUAUAUACAUUUGUUUUGAAUAUUCAUUUAUAAUCCAUUCUUCUCAAUUCAUUCUUAAUGUUUAAACUUUGUUCAUAGUUAGCAAGCUGUCAGUGUCACUGUCAUCCCGUUGAUCAUCGUUUGGUUCAAGCGGGCACCAGUUACAUCUCUCAUUGAGAGACUUAUUGUUACUGUUUUUGGCAUUAGCAAGCUAGGUACACAUUAUGUGUAUGAUGCAGUUUUAAUCUGAGAGAUCCGUGAAUUACAUUUUAAA